AUGCCUGCCGUCAACGUCAACACUGUUUCUCCAGAGCUAGAGCUCCCAGUUCCCUUCGCUCCUACUCAACGAAAGCUGACGAGCGAAGACUACCUCAGAGUGUUCCAAUAUACCCCAUUCAACUAUCUUCCCAAGCAGCUCAUACCCUUACGAAGCCACUCCAUGAGAGCGCCACUCAUGCAUUGUGGAUGGACAAUGGAUCGACUGUGGAAAUAUGCAGAAGAUAACGGCUUCGUGCACUCCACAGCUACCGAGACCUUUACGGAGGAUGAAUUAGCCAGUGCAGAGUUCCCUCCGAUCUCUGAGAGUUUCGUUAUUGACGAAGGACAGUGCAUGAGCAAUGCGCUGGAAGAUAUUGGUGCAAAACAUGGCAUCAAGGAUAUCCUGGAGUUUACAGAGAUCGAGCGCGUCGUCAGGGAUGGAAAGGGCGGCUUCAUCUCACUCUAUACAAAUUAUACCAGAAAGCGAGCUCCUCCCGCAGAAUUUGUUGAGAAGCUGCGAGUCGCGUUGGGCGAAGAAGAAGGGCCAAAAUGGUACUUGGAUUCAUUUCGGUGUUACUGGGAACCGAAGCCUGAACUAUUAUUCGGCGGGCAAUCCAGAAAGUCGGCGACUACACCCGCCCGCAGCAAGUUUGCAAAAUCUCGCGCUCAUUGA